AUGGACCUAUGGACACUUGCAGCACAAAAAAAAAUGGAACUUGAGAUGAAAAAAUCUGAAGAUCUCAAAGAUCCAUCAAAACAGCUGAAGGCAGAUGCAGAAAUCCCCCAUCGUGAGAGAACCAUUAUCAUCUGCGGUGAUAAAAGCGCUGGUAAGACUACGAUUAUCAACCGCUUCCUGGAAAGAGCUGAGAACUCAAAGCCAACUAUUGCGCUGGAAUACGCUUACGGAAGGCGAACUCGCGGCACUCAAAAGGAUUUAGUGCAUAUUUGGGAACUUGGUGGUGGUACGUCACUAAUAAAUCUACUGGAAAUACCUUUAAACACUGCGAAAUUGGAAACAACGUCAAUAAUCAUAGUGCUCGAUAUGUCAAAUAUUGAGAGUAUUUGGAGCACCUUUCACGACCUUAUUAAAGUAACCAGAAAGAUAAUAACAGACAUUUCUGAUCAAAUGAAAAUAAAAACUGCUAAUCCUUUCCAGCCGCUUCCGGCAAUUAGCAAUCAGUUUUUAAAUCAUAAGGAUGCGAGUUUGAUUAACCUUUUUCCAAUUCCACUGAUAGUUGUUGGUUCCAAAUACGACAUAUUUCAGAAUUAUGAACCAGAAACCAAAAAAAAUGCUUGCAAGUACCUGCGUUACAUGGCUCAUAGUAAUGGGGCUACUUUACAGAUGUUCAGUAACAAAAUGGAAAAUACAGUGCUUAAAAUGCGUGCCCAAUUCGGAUAUCUUGCGUUUGGUGCUAAUGCCGGUAGAACUAUUGUCACGGAUCAUAACAAGCCGAUAUACAUACUGGCUGGAAAAGACUCAUUUAGUGUCUGCCUCUAUUUUUCAGAUAUUGGACCACCGCCGAAUGUCAGCUUUCUUACGCCAAAAGUUCCAAACAGAAAUGUUCCCGAACUUUGGAGUAGCUCUUUUGAAAGCCAGUUCCCCAAAAAAAAAGAGACAGAAAAGGAACAGAAAGGAGAUGCCGCCACCGAAAAACAAUUUCAAGAUCCGGAUAUUGAUGCAGUAGUCGAACAGAAGACUAAGAUCCACAUGGUAUAUCUUAGCUAUUUAAGACCUGAAGUGAUGAAGCGAUUUAUUUUAAACAGCGUUCUUACGUAG